GGGGAUCCUGCCUAUGAGCAGCCGGAGCGUCCUGAACCACAACCAGCAGGUGGGCGGUCCAACGGGUCAGACGGGCGGGUUAGGAGGAGGAGGAGGAGAGAGAGGAGGUGGAGGUGGAGGAGGAAGGAGCGGCACCAUGGGGAGUCCCAGCCGGUCGUCUCCAAGCAUCAUCGGGAUGCCAAAACAGCCGACGAGGCAGCCGUUCUCCUUUAACAGGAAUCCAGGCUUCAACAUGAACAGCUCGUUAUCCAGCAACAUCUUUAACGGCACAGACGGCAGCGAGAACGUGACGGGUUUGGAUCUGUCCGACUUCCCGGCGUUAGCCGACCGGAGCCGGAGGGACGGUUCCAACGCGGCGCCGCAGCACAACCCGCUGGCCGGCCGGGCGCCUUACGUCGGCAUGGUAACCAAGCCAUCCAGUGAGCAGACGCAGGACUUCUCCAUCCAUAACGAGGACUUCCCAGCUCUUCCUGGCCCCAACUACCAGACAAAAGACCCCACCAGCACCAACGAGGACAGCAAAACGAAAUCUUUAUCCGAAGUUUGCGUCUCCGUGGGCAUCGGCGCCGUGUCGGCCGCAGGACAUCGAUUUCCAUGUUCCCUCAGAGUAUUUAACCAACAUCCACAUACGGGACAAGUUAGCAGCCAUCAAGUUGUCUCGGUACGGAGAAGAUCUGCUGUUUUAUCUUUACUACAUGAACGGAGGAGACCUGCUACAACUUCUGGCUGCUGUAGAACUGUUCAACAGGGACUGGAGGUACCAUAAAGAAGAGCGGGUCUGGAUCACCCGGGCCCCCGGCAUGGAGCCCACGCUGAAGACCAACGCCUACGAAAGAGGGACCUACUACUUCUUCGACUGUCUGAACUGGAGGAAAGUGGCCAAGGAGUUUCAUCUGGAAUACGACAAACUAGAAGAGCGACCUCAUGUUCCCUCCACCUUCAACUACAACCCCGCCCAGCAGGCCUUCUGAUUGGCUCCUCCCACCCAGCAGGCCUUCUGAUUGGCUCCUCCCACCCAGCAGGCCUUCUGAUUGGCUCCUCCCACCCAGCAGGCCCUCUGAUUGGCUCCUCCCACCCAGCAGGCCUUCUGAUUGGCUCCUCCCACCCAGCAGGCCUUCUGAUUGGCUCCUCCUCCUGCCUGUCUGCCAUUGGCCCUCCUGGACCGUCAGUCACUCAGCCCCUCCCUCCUGCGAGGUUUUCCCUCCUCCACACUCAAACUUUAUUUUAACUUUACUUCCUUUCURUCUGUCUUUAUUUAGUUUAGUUCAUCCUGUCUGUAAAUAACUGUCCAUCUGAUGGACCGAUUCUUCUUUUUACUCGCUCUGAAGAACCGAUUAUUUUUUCUAAAGGAGCUUUUAAUAUAAAAGAAAAGCAGAUUUUAAGGACAGAAUCAUCCGUCAGGAUGGAGUUUUAUUUCCUUCAGUGUGAAAAAACAAACAGGACUAAAAAUAGAGAUAAAUAAUCAUAUUUUUUAUUUUCAAAGUUUAAUUUCCUGCUUUAUUCUCAAACGGUUUUAUUGUUUUCUUUAAGUAAAAUAAAAUAAAUUCAUGUUUUUACUUGUCAACAAAUGGAGCCGACGGUCUGACGGACGUUUUUACAUCUUUUUAUUCUUUUUCACCUUCAGUUUAAAACUGAAGAUGUUUAAUAAAAAUAAGGUUUUGAUUUAUAAGAAUAUUUUUAUGGGUUUUAAAGAAGAUUUUUGCUGCAGGUUUUAAACAUGAAAGUAAAGUUUAUUUUAAAAAAAGGUACUUUUAAAACCUGAUAAAAUAAUUCAAACCAUCUGAGCAAAACUAAUAAGAAAUGUUUUU